AUGCAUCGGUUAGGGGAUCAGUGUGAGCACCUGACGUGUGCUAGUUUGCAAUCGCCAACAUGUCCGGAGGUGGAAAAAGGAGGCAAAGAACUCGGCAAAGGAGGACCUAAAUGCCAUUCUGAAGUGCACAGAGACAACAUCCGGAGAAUCAGCAAGCAGGAAAUUCGUUGUCUCGCUCGUCGUGGUAGGGUGAAAAUCACCUCAGGACUGAUCUAUGAGGAGACUUGUGGAGUCCUCAAGGUUCUCCUCGAGAACGUCAUUAGAGAUGCCGUAACCUACAGUGAGCAUGCGAAGAGAAAGACAGUGACGGGCACGGAUGCUCUCAAACGCCAAGGACGUACGCUGUAUGGUUUCGGAGGAUAA